ACAGCCCCGUGCUCUGUUACACCUCCGGCCAUAUUCUUCUUCAUUUGCUGCUGCCCUCUCUCUCUCUCCCUCUCUCUCUCUAUCAUUCUUCCCCCUCCUCUAACUUUCCCUCCGCUUUUCUUCCCGCGGGGCUGUUUUUUUUUUAAUUUUUUUCCGGGUCCGCAACUUUUCUGGCGUGUCAUCAUUUGUGGAGUGAACGCGGCACAGUCCACACGAGACUGCUCCCUCUGUGGAUUAUAAAGACACUGAAGAAGAAGAAGAAGAAGAAGCAGAAGCAGAAAAAAAUAAAAACACACGGAAAGAAAGAGAAAGAGAUGCCAGGAAAUGCAGCGUUUUCUCCAAUAACCCGGAGGCAGCGCUGCUUUCAGAGAGAAAGAAAUAAAUGACGACGCAGUGGAAAUGAAGAGUCCAGGGAUGUUUAUGUUCAAACAGCAGCUGCUCUGAUUCCUGCUGCUGCUGCUGCUGCUCAUCAUCACAAUGAUGUUUUCUCCUCUGUCUCUGUCUCAGGAUGAGUUCCAUCCGUUCAUUGAGGCUCUGCUGCCCCAGGUCCGUGCCUUCGCCUACACAUGGUUCAACCUCCAGGCCAGGAAAAGGAAGUACUUCAAAAAACAUGAGAAGAGGAUGACCAAAGAAGAGGAGAGAGCAGUGAAAGAUGAACUUCUGGGAGAGAAGGCAGAGGUGAAACAGAAGUGGGCCAGUCGUCUCCUGGCUAAGUUAAGGAAGGACAUCAGACCUGAGUGCAGAGAAGACUUUGUGCUGUCAGUCACGGGCAAGAAAGCAGCGUGUUGUGUCCUGUCCAACCCUGACCAGAAGGGCAAAAUGAGACGCAUAGAUUGUCUGCGACAAGCCGACAAGGUGUGGAGGUUGGACCUGGUGAUGGUGAUCCUGUUUAAAGGAAUCCCACUGGAAAGCACAGACGGAGAGCGGCUCGUGAAGGGAGGCCAGUGCUCCAACCCGCUGCUCUGCGUCCAGCCUCGACACAUCUCCGUCUCCGUCAAAGAGCUCGACCUUUACCUCGCGUACUACGUCCAGGAGAGAGAGGCAGAGCAGAGCAGCAGUCCCGGUCGCACUGGUGUCGGCUCUGAUCAGGAAGACAGUCGAACCACCACCAUGGACGGUCCAGAGUUCCAGGAGAGUUUCGUGACAUCAGGAGUUUUCAGUGUCACUGAGCUGGUCCAAGUCUCAAGAACUCCAGUGGUCACAGGAGUAGGACCUAGUUUCUCUGUGGGGGAACUCCAGGGUCAUCUGGCCUAUGACCUCAACCAGUCUGUCAACCAGCCGGUCAGUGUGAGACGAUCACUGGCGAGCACCUCAUCCAGCGGGAGUAAGCGACAUAAGUCUGGCUCCAUGGAGGAGGAGGCUGACAGUCCUGGAGGAGAGUAUUACCACUCGCCGUCUUCUCCUGCCAGCAGCUCCAGAAACUGGACUGACGACAUGGAAGGAGGGUUGUCUCCUCCAGUGAAGAAAGCAGAGCUGGACAGUCCGUCUCCCCAGGAAGACUCACCAAGAAUGGGAUCCUUCACUCAGCACCACCGGCCAGUCAUAGCAGUUCACAGUGGUCUGUCUCGGAGCACCCACCCCUCCUCAUCCCUCCAUUUCGCGUCCUCCUCCUAUUUCCCUCACGGAGCGAUCCGCUACCCUCCUCACUUGGCCCAGGACCCUCUGAAAGAUCUCGUCUCAUUGGCCUGUGACCCCGCCAAUCAAACCCCCAGCUCAUCGGAACUCGGAAUGCCUCCUGAACUCGGAUUUCCAACUCGGAAACUCGGAGCAACCUUACCAACCCUGACAUGGGAUUCCAAGUUGAAUGGCAGCAGCCAGAUUAAAGUGCCCAGUCACUACAUUUCCUCUCAGAUGUUGGCACCGCCUGGACCCACCUCCUCCCUGGCUUCUAACCCCGCCUCCCUCCCCAGGUCGACCCUGCCUUCUGAGUCAAAGGCUACCACCACCUCCUCUGACGGGGGAGCCAACUCCCCCACGUCACCCACAUACUCGGCCCCUGGAACUCCCCCUGCCAGUCGCUCCUCCUUUGUUGGAGUCACCCCCCGAGACCCAGGUGGACUCUACCAAGCCCAGUCCUGGUAUCUGGGCAACUGAGGGCGCUGUGGAGCACGGCCGACUGUCGUGGACGUUCCAUCCUGGAUGAAGGGAAACAAUGUUGUCAAGACGUCGCCAAAGGAAAAAUAUACUCCGCUCUGUAGCAGCAGCACACGGAGACGCACACACACGUAAACGUACAGCGAGCGACGUUUACAUGUGUGUGCGUGAGAGACAGUCUCGGCGGACGGACGGAGACAUUUUUACAGACCAACACAAACGCUCACUGAUGAUGAUUUUUUUCUAGAGAAAGCAGUGGAUUCACGCAGACGUUCCGGGUUUUUGUCUCGGAGCAGAACCAGACCCUGACUGACGAGCCUCUAACUGAACCACAUGCCCAGGAAGAGGCCUGUUUCCCUGGGAUGGAUGUCAGCCUUUACUCCCCUCCCUUGCUCCCUGGUUCUCCGUGGGUCUCCCAGUGAAAGGCCUCUGUUCUGGGGCCGGACAUGGACCUCACCCCCCGUCCUUCAACCUCCAGAAUGAAACCCUCCUCCUCCUCCUCCUUCCUCUGCUGCAGGUGCUGCUUCUAAUAUAUGCAAAUAAGCCUCCCUUAUUUUCUGAACCAACAUAGCGUGAGAGACCCUGCUGUUGAUAUGUAAAAGUUUCUUUGCACUUUUUUUUGGUUUGGAAACUUCUUCUUCUUCUUUUACCACCAAAAAGACGGAGGCGUUGUCUUUUUUAUUGACAAUCAUCAGGCUGAAACCAUUACGUUGCUUCGCGAGGCUCAUGUUUCUAAGACUUCUUCUUUUCUUUGUUUCUAAAUCGGAAAAAAAACAAAAAAAAAACAAUGAGUAAUAGUGGAAUAUAAGAGCUAUAUCCGUCCUCGAGACACGUCACACACGACGCUGUAGCUGGACACCGGGGACGGAGGAUGGAGGAACCCGGUCUUUGACCCCGGGUGAUUCCGGCAGAAUUUCUCUGCGGCUUCCAUCGCUCUGUCAGGACAGAUGGAGAAUAGUCCAAGCAGCCAAAGGCACAACGUUUGGAGUGAGAAAGACUUUGAACAAACAAAAACCAGGAUCAUGUGCUGAACUGGGUGUGUUUGAGAUUGUAGCACGUGGUGCAUGUGUGUGACUGUGUGUUUGUGUGUGUGUGUGUGUCACUGCUCUGCUUUGAGGACGACAGCGGCGGGAGUUUUUGUAGAUUAGAGAGGAAGAGGAGGAGGAGAGAUUGAGCGGCAGGCGUUGCACUAUGAUUAAGUUAACGAUGUUUUUAUGUCGCGCGCACACAGACUUGGAUUGAGCACAAAGAAUCCGGCGGCCCUCUCCUCUCCUGUCCUCUCCUGCUUUGUCCUCUUCUGUUCUGUUCUGUGGACACCAGGGUCCGAGCCGGCACUGAGGCAGAGACGAGGUGAGCUGGACACACGGAGACAGACGAGUGAGUCGAGUCAGAAUCAGAAAGUCAGAGGCAAAGCAAUAUCCUGUCCUGUUUGGCUUCCCAUAGAUUCAUUCAUUUUGAGCUUUUUUGUGCAUUUUUAGCCUAAUUUUGUCUGUGUUAAUGACGACAUCUUAGAGCAGAGGUCUCAAACUCACGGCCUGAGGGCCACAUGUGGCCCGUCCCAAUCAAUUACAUUGCCCCGACAGUCUGUUUUUGUGAUAUAUGUAGAUUUUUAUUGAGCUCUAUCACAAAACAGACACCUUUUUUAAUGAAAUUCCGUCAAAAAUAUUUUUACUUGACCAGAAAAGACACUUAUUGUCCUCAAGGUGAUUUGAGUUUGAGACGCCUGCCGUAGACGUCGCAGAAGUUAAUGCCGUAAAAAACGGUCGACAAACUUCAUUAAAACUAACAUAAGACAGGUUGUCUUUAUGUAACUAGGUCAAUUUAAUGUGUUUCAAGAUCCAAUUAUAGUCUUUUUUUUUCUCUGACUUUGUCGACCGUGUUUAAUUUUUUCACUGUUGCCGAUAAUCUGCAGACACAGAGGGUGAAGAAAAUCCCAUAUUAAGUAAAAUUCACUUUUAAAAAAAUAUAUAUUAUUAUAUAAUAUUUCCAUGAUUACACAGUAAAAUACUUUUCUUUUUUUUAGUAACUGACGUUUUAUAUAUUUCUUUAUUUUCGCAACUAGAUUCAGUUCCAGGUCUGGUGUUUUCUUGUGUUUUCUUGUGUUUUCUUGUGUUUUCUUGUGUCUUUGAGGUGUGGUCAGAUUGAACGUCGGGCAAACUCACAGAGAUUUGACCACUUACACUUUUUAUUCUUACUUAAAGGUUUAGUGUGUAAAGGUUUUCAAGUGUGUCGGAAAGCCUAUGUGUAGCCUUCAGUUAGCGUCAAAACUCAUCACAUGUCAAAAGACGUUUAGUUUUGUCCAUAGCGGGCCACUGUAAAAUUAUUUUUUUGCCACUGGAGAAUAAGUGCCCCUAAAUCUUACAUACUGCAGCUUUAAAAGACUGGUGUGUGUGUGUAGGUUUUAGUGCCAUCUAGGGGUGAAAUAGCAUAUUGCAACCAACUGAACACCCUUUGUUUCCAAAUCUAAGAGUAUAUGUGAAAGUACAGUGCCUUUCAGAAGCAUAAAAACACAAAAAAUAAGUCCUUCUUUAGAUUUGAAUACUCAUGGUGGCACAACACGGAGGAUUCCAUGGAAAUUAAUGCACUUCCUGUGGAACAUAAAGGUUAAAAACACACAAGAGUUCUUACUUGUCAGGUGGAGUAAAAGCAUAAUAAUAUUUAAUUUCUGAAAGAUAAAUUUUACACACUGCACCUUUAAGUAGCCUUCCAGCUGCCCUGCAGAGAUCAAAUGUCUUUAAAUAUGAUUCCACUGACUUCGGCUGUGGUCGGAGCAGGAGCAGGAGGAGCGGAGCUGAGGUCGCUGGAAUCACAGGAAAUUCUACAUCUGCUCUUUUUCACUCAGAGCAGAAAGAAAAAUAAUAAAAACAAAAACACACCUUUAAAGACACAGAAGAAGCAGCUGCACAAACGUUUCCACCCUAAAAAGAGUUUGACAAGCUUCCAGCGCGUUCACCAGCUCCAUGUGUGGAAACUGUGUGUAUGUGUGUCUUUAAUCGGAUCAGACCUUUAUUUUCCCUCUUUAUCAAUAACAAGGCCUUUGCACAUCAGACACUUAUUCUUUUUCCUUUGCACAUUUACAAUAUUUUUAAACCUGUAUUUGAUCAUUAAGCAGGACUGAUUAAAGGUGUUCUCUCUGAAUCAGUACCAAUAUUUUUGGUCCAUAUAUUUAUUACAUUUCCUUACAUAACCGUUGAUGGUAACAAAUUAUACAAAAAAACCUUCAGUAACCAGUUAUUGAACAGCAUUAAUGGUUUAAUGUCUGCACUGCAGUGACAUGUAUGUAUAUUUCAUUUUGUUUCCAAAAACAAUGCCACAUGUGGCACUAAUCCUCUUCCAUACAAUUAAACAAAAAUCUUUUUUCUCAAAAGUAAGACUUCUGAGGAAAGUUUUUUUUUGUAAAAACAAUAUUCAAAUCUCACCAUAAUUCUCUUCUGUAGCCUUGUAAUAAUUAAUAAUUGGCUGAUUAAUAAUUCAUAAUUGGCCAAUGCCGAUCAUUAAAAAAACUGCAGCCACAAUAAUUGGUCUGGCAUUGAUAUUAUAAUUAUUUUUGCUUGGUUGCAUCAGGUCACGUUGACAUUAAUCUCUGAAUUAUUUGCACUUUUGUGUCGUUUGUUUGCGUCACUGUCGACGUGCAAAGGCCUUGAAACCUCCAGGUUUGCUCUGCGUUCAGUCUGAACACAGGUGUGUGUGUGUGUGUGUGUGUCUUCCUUGUCCUCUCCCAGGGUUUGAGGUUAAAGUCGACAGCGCUCAGCGCCCCUUAGUGUCUCACUUUUCCUGGUUGUGGUUUAAGGUUUGGGUUAAAGCCGGCUUAAAGCUGUUGUACUGCAUGGUGCUGUCCCCUGGUCGCUGUGCUGACCUUCAAGAAUGCAUGGCUCAAACUAAUAAUACCUCUUCUUCUUCUUCUUCUUCUUCUUCUUCUUCUCAAUCCCUCUCUUUCUUCUCCUCUCUCUGACACUGCGACAGAGGGCAGUGCAGGGAAUCGUUGUCUGUUAGUUCCUUUUGGAUUUUAAUAAUUGCCCUGUUGUUGAACUUCUAUUUUGCACGAUAUAUCAUGAAACACAUUAUGUGCCUUGCCUUUAGUUAAAGAAUAAUAAAUAAUACAUUAUGGAGAAAUGAUCAUACUUAUCAUGGUACAGCUGGUAGCACUUGUAAAAAAAAGAAAAGAAGUAAAAAAAAAAAAAGCUGCAUGUGUGAUUGCUUGACAUUAAACGAUGUAGCAGGUAGACGAUGAGGCGAGGGCGUGUUUAAGCUCAGCGGAUUAUUUCAUUAGCAGCAGCAGAGGCGGCGACAGAACUCACACCUGGACCACAGUGGACGUGUGAGCGCUUCGUCUGUGUCACGCCAGGUUUUGUUAUUAGAUUACAGCACAUGUGUAAUCAGAUUACAGCAGCUGAGAGAGUCAAUAGUGGAGUCACACUUGACACGAACGCAACACUUUUCCUAGCUGUUUCAAAAAGGAGCACUUUAGCAUUUCAGUUGUCGAAAUCCUCUCAUUUUUUUAACAAGGCUUUAAAAAAAAAAUAACAAUGACAGAUAACAACAGAUUUAAAUAAUUCAGACGGUACUGUGUGUGUGUGUGGGGGGGGGAGAGUGGCUCGUUUUGUGAUAUACAUCUGUCACAUUUCUACUGAUAUCUCUUGCAAUUCUCAUCCAAACAUUGUCAAAGUCGGUCACUGGUGCCCUGAGUGAGUUGCCUGCUAAGUUUGAAGUCUGUCGCGCAAACUGUUAAACAGUUAUGUAAUUAAAAGACGGACGGUUCCUUGCAUUCAUAGGCGGAUAUAACAGUUAAAUGACAGCAAAUACAAAUGGCAAAUAUAAAGCCCAGUGAAUCAGUCUACCUCUGCGUCUGAGUCCUGGCACAGUUGAGUUCAUACACACGUUAAAAAAAUAAUAUAAUUUACAGCCACAUGAAGCUGUCACACAACUGCACCCUCAUCCACUGUGGCCCAGCCAUUUUUUUCUCUGCUACCUUUUAAGAUAAUUCUUACAGUGUGGCAUUUUGGGAAAUACAUGUCUGCUGUUAUACUCGGAGAGUCCUGAGGAGGGCAAUGUCACCGUGGACACAUUUUGCUAAAUACACAUGAACACUAAUGGUUCCAAACACAAACAAAAGCCAUUUUCAGAGACUUUUGCUGUUUCCAUCGUGGUACGGUUCGGUUUGGCAUGGUAAAGACCUAGGUCAGGCUUCCUUUUCGGCGGAGAACUGUACCUGUACUUGGUACGUGCUACCAUUAUUUGGCCACGUCAGUGAGAUGACGUCGUACCUGACCACAUCGUACCAUUUUACCCUGGUUCCCCAAGGGAAGGGUGCCAAAGAAUGGAUGGUUCAUUACGUACCAUACCGUACCGCUCCACUGGGUGGAAAUAAUACUUCUUCAGAGUAGAGUUCGGCUCUGUCUUCGUCCUGCUUUAAAGUCUUUAGUAUCAAAUACCCCCAAACACAUCUCCAAGUAUUUAUUGCAGGGGAAUGAAAGCAAGUCUGUAAUGUGAGGUUGUGAAUAUUUAGUCAGGAAUUUAGCCAAAGUGGCCAAGCGACUAAAUCCAGACUGAUGGAAACAUGUUAAACAUGAGGCUCCAAUGCGAUGAUGAUGAUGAUGACUCUGACCAUGUGCUAGGAUACGAUAUGAGUUUUAUAUGAAUGCAUGCACUUAACACUAUUCUUACUCAACUUGGCUCUUGGGUUAUUUAAAAUGUUUUUGAGUUGUUCUGUCGCUUGUAGAUUUAUAGGUUUAAACACAGCAGUUUCUAUAAAAACGUGUAAAGCGUAGACACACGAAACGAUGUAUAGAAUGUUUUUUAUUACUAUUAUUAUUAUUGUUCUUAUCUUGGCCGUGGCAAAGCCACACAAUUUAGAACCCAUGAAAUGGGCGGGCUGGAAGUAAGGGAAGGUGAUGAAUGGUGAAAAGUGGAAGUUAAUGCAGGGUGAAGGAGUGUGAAGUAGAAUGUAUACAAAGAGCAUGUGUGUGUGUGUGUGUGUGUCUGCCAAGGCGGCACAGUCCUCUGAAUGUGUUAUUUUAAUAAGAGACAGUAUUGAGAAAAGUCCAGUAUAAACCCAGAGUCCAGUACAAACGUGCUGAUGUGUCGAUUAUUAGCUGUUGGCAGCAACCUGAUAAAUUCUGACCUGCAGUGUUGAGUAACGACCAAUUUUGGGCUGCAGAUGUACGUUACAAUGACAGUUCAACCUUAAAAAGAGCAAACGAUGAUCCAAAUACGUGUGACAAAACUUAGGUAAGAAUUGUUUUACCAAAACAUUUAAUGGCACUUUAAAUAAUGACAUACACUAAAUUUACACUAAGUUUUUCCUUUCACAAAACUCACAAAAAAUCAGACCUACACUGAAACAUCCAGACUCUACCAGACCUUGGAUAUUAGCCAUUAUAUAUGAUCACUUGUUCAUCGGUCAUUUUAAUAAAUAAAAAAAUUGCAAAAGUUCGUAAAAACGAUCCUCAGUGAAAACCCAGCUGUGGUGAAGUUGAUUUUUAGUCCUGACUGUGAUUGAUUGCCCUGAAAGCAGGUUGGAAAGUUAGUUUCAUGUUUGCACUCUUUGUUUAUUCAGAACUCCUUGUUUGGCUCUAUUAAUAUCCUUUAUAAUAAGACCAUGGCGCAUCCAAGACUGUAUUACUAAGACCAAGUAUGAAGAUUGAUUAUUAAUACUUUGUUAGAGGAUAAAGGCAGAGCAUUGACUUUUGUUGGCUGAAAUUUGAUUUUUCUGUUGUUAGUUGUUAGUUUCCUGAAGAAAUGACCUUUAAAUGAAGGCAGGACAGAAUGGACAAUAAGUAUACAGUAAUCUCUUGGUAAAAUGUUGGGGGAAGGACACAACAGUACACAAUAUGUUCAUUAUGUUACAGAACUACACAUCAUUGGGAAAAUGGGCAUAUAUAUAUACAUAUAUAUAUUUAGAUUACUAAACUGCAUUUGGACUUAGAGACAUUUCCCCUGGAUCUAGGAACCUUUGGAGGAACCAGAAUCACCCCAGAAGGACUAAUGCUAAUCCUUUAUCUACCACUGUUUUUAAAAAGACAAAAUGAUUCCCAUUAUCCCGUUAUUCCUUGUUGCAAAGUCUUUUGCGUUACUGUCACCUGCUGGACCUCAUUAUAACCAUUGGUUCUUCUUCUGUCAGCAGCAGUUUUAGCCCAGGUCUCUAGAAUACAGUUGUCAAGCAGGCAAAGUAAUAAUAUUUAAACCAUUAGUUCUGUGAAAAAUGUUCCUGAGAUUAACAUUUACUUGUAGAUUUUGGUAAAAUGAUGUGGUGGAUUACAGUUAUAAGUGACAUGGUUCUGUGGUGGUCGUGUCUCUUCCAGCUGAUGAACCAGAGCAUGUGGAUGUUGUACUUUGGGAAUCUUAUCACUGAUGAUUCGUAUUGUCCAUCAGAACUUUUACCUGUCGCUAAAAUAAAGUCUAAACCGUCUCUUCUAUAGAGGAUGAAAGCAGUCGUGAAGUUUUAAAAGCAGCAUAUUGUUCAAAGUGUGGUUCAGUGAUUUGGAUGCAAACAGCUCCUGGCAGUCAGUCAAUACCUUGACGUGGUAGAUGAAUUGGCCAGUUGGAACUCAGCAUUGCUUUACAUUUUUCCCAAGUAGGAGGUUGACAGAUUUCUAAAUCCCAAGCUGUCUGGAACGUGGCAAUAAACUCGAAUCUUAAUGAGGCUUAAAUAACAUGUUGUUUUGCUUCUUACGCGUACUGUAUCUUUUAUUUGGAUCAAGGAAGAUUGGCACUUUUUUUGUGAAAUAAAUCAGCAGGUCAUCGGCAUAGAAACAGACAGUGAACAACCAAAAACUAAAUCAACAAGCAGUGCCUGUCAUUUUACUUACAUUUGAGUUGUUUUUGUACACUGUACUUUGCGUUAAGUUUUCUAUUCUCACACCACGUGGUCACAUGCUCUGUAUCGAGAUCGUCGCUCACUUAGGGAAGAUGGGCUGAAGGUGACAAGCCAUAAAUCAUCCCAAAGAGCUGGAGAAAAAUUUCGAGCAAACACCAAAAGACUGAAGCCAAGUUGAUUAACAGUUUUCUUUUUAGUUUGCACGAAUUAUGACUGAAUUAGGAAAGAAAUAAGCAAAUCCAUGCUAACUGAUGAGUAGUUGACUUCAUCUGUUUCCAUUACAUGGAGUUGCAUUUACCUUUAAUAAAACACUAACAUUUCCUUAAAACACUUCAGUAGGUAGGAAACUUACUGAUUGAAGUUUAGUCUUGGUUGCACUUGGUUUGUCCGUCACUAUUAAAUCAUGUCGCCGCAGAUAACUUCCCUCUGGGUUUUCUUUUCUCUGUGGUACAAACUGUUAGCCCUGUUAGCUGAGGUAACCAAACGUGUGCGUGGGGGAGAUGUGUUAAGAUAAACAUCAGUCAGAAUCAUACCUGCUCUGUGACUGUGAUUGGCAGAUUCAAGCUAGUACUAGAAGUAGCUCUAAUGCACUUACACGUACACUUUAGCAUUAGUGCUUUAGCAGUGGGCGUGCCUCUUGACUGGUGCUGCUGGUGCUCAGUCAUGGCUUCGUGCUAAGAGUUGCUCGUGUUGCUAAAGCAGUAGCCUCUGGUGGCGGCCGUUGUUGGGACUCAAGUCUGAUUACUGAUCAAGCUAAUUUGAUUGGCCAGGGCCUGUUCUGGAAUAUUGGUGCGUUCCAGUUGUAGUAGGAAGUUGGAAUUUCCGAGUUUGUGAUUGGAAGUUUCAAGUGUAACGCCCAACAACCAAAAGGAGGAGUUUUGGUUUGAGGAGAUGUUUUCAUCGAGGGCUCUUUUCUAUAAACUGUUAAUGUGACUCAACACCCUGCUUCUGGUGCUGCUGCUGCUGUCGCCUGAAAACCUUCAUCGUCAAGUUUCCGUUUCUUUUUUUCGCUGUUUAGUACUUGAAUUGCAAUCAGUUUAUUUUGAAUGGCCCUGAGAAAUCUUUCUUUGAUUCAGACGCAGCAGCUGAAGAACCUCUUUCGUACGGUAGUUACUGAAAAACAGAUUUUGUACAGCUAGGUGUCCCAUGACAGACAGUAGCUAUGUCCUCCCCAAUCCACGGGCUGGAUCCUCUGGAGCGUGUUGACAUUUGAAUGCGUGGAUGUUCCCAGAUAUCCCGGAAUUCCUUUGCACGCCAGAGUCUCAUUUCAGAGCGCCUCACUUGGCGUAUCCAGCCAGUAGAUUUGUACGUAGCUAGCGAUGCCAUGUCGACUCUUUUUCUCUAUCUGAGGGUAAAUUGCUUCUGAGAGAGUUAGCUUCAUUUUGUUUUUGCGUUUCUUUUCCUCAUGUUUUCUUUUUCGGUUAUUAUAGUAAAAGGACUGCUUUGCUUGCUUCCAGAUAUAUAUCCCUUACAUCAGAGAGAGCAUAGGCAUGAACAGCUUUCAUCAGUUAUUGCAUGGCUGCUGUCUACACAGACCACAGUCCUUUUUCAUCAAACAGAAACCAACAGGAAGUCUUGAAACAUCGCUUUAUUAUGUUUUAUGGUGGAACACCUUAAGGCCCAUUUAUACUCGUCUGUACUUUGUGUUCAUUGCGUCCGUCAUUGUGCGCCUCAAAGGAGAGCUCACGAUGACGGACAAAAUGGAGCAAUACCACGGAAAGUAGUGGGGGCAGUAUAGAGUCAGUAGUCAAAUCAGUCAGGAAAACAACCAAGAAAUGGGCAGUAUUUGAUAUGAGCCGGUCUUUCUGGCAUCACUGCUUUAGUUUCUCUAUAAUAUGCACCUUAUUAUUUAGCUCCUUGGCAUUUCCAAACGUUGUCCGACAGACUUUUAGUGGAGAGAACAAAUUUCGUAGAAAACACGCGUCUCUCAACAAGACGUUAAGCUUUGUAUGAGAAAGCAAUACGACUGUGGGCACUGAAGAAACACUGGUCGCCCAAUCGGCUCAGUGUUGUGACCAGCUCCAACCUGACUGUACCAUUUUACUCCAGUGCCCCAAAGGAAGGGUGGGGAACGAUUGGUACUGUACCAAACUACCAAACUGAACCGUUCCACUUCCACUCAGUGAAAACACAGCUUUAUCGACACCAAAAGUGUCAAAACAUGCACUCAUUUGCGACUCAGUGUUCCAGUAUAAGAGCAUAAUAAACAAGGUGUUUCCUGCUGAAGUAGAAAAAGGCCGCUGUUCUGUUCUGGAUGUAGUUUGUCGCACUUUUUAAACGAGAGCUAAACGAAGUACCUUUUUUAUUUUUCCUCCUUUGGUUUGUUUUUCAGCCGUGGCUGCAAAUGUCAGUGCUCAACAUUUAUUUGCAUGAUAUAAAGCGUUCCUCUCUCUCUCUACAUAUGUAUGUGUAAAAAUAAAAGCCUUCAGACAGGGACAGGAAGUGAGUUGUGUGGUCAAACGUUGGACUUUCUGUCCCGGUGUGGAUGAGAGACGGCUGCCUGAACCAGUGUUCCUGAUCUAAUGUUGUUCAUCUGCUGUGGGGGAUAUUUACAUCUUUGAUAAUAAUGUCAUUAUAACCAUAUUUAGCCAUUGCUGUCAGCAAAUGCUGAUGAAGUCAUUACUGGAAAUGAGUAUGUUUCCCUAUGCAAAAAUAUACCAUUAAUAAACAAACUAUACCACAAUUCA